CCCCCUGCCGCUGCCGGAAGGGGAAGGCGGUUGCGGAGGUUGCGGCGGCGCCGUCGCUGCUGUUAGGGCUGCGGGAGGGAGCCGAGCCGAGCCGAGGCGAGCCGUGCUGAGCCGUCCCUUCCGGCCCCUUCCCGGCGGCGGGGCCGUGCCCUCGGCCUGCGCCAUGCACCCCGUUUUCCAGAGCAGCCGGCGCGACUUCACCUUCGGGCCUUGGCGGCUGAGCGCCGCCCGCACGCACAUCAUGAAGUCGGCGCAGGCCGAGAGAUUGGCUGAAGAAUUACACAUGCCUUCCCUGCCAGAGAUGAUGUUUGGAGACAAUAUCCUAAGAAUACAGCAUGAUUGUGGUUUUGGAAUUGAGUUCAAUGCAACAGAUGCUUUAAAAUGUGUCAAUAAUUGUCAAGGUAUGAUCAAAGUGGCUUGUGCAGAGGAGUGGCAAGAGAGCAGGAGUGAGACUGAGCACACUAAGGAAGUAGUCAAGCCGUAUGACUGGACUUACACAACUGACUACAAAGGAACAUUGCUGGGAGAUACUGCAACGUUAAAGGUUGUUCCUACAACAGAACACAUAAAUACGGAGAAAUUGAAAGCCAGGGAGCAAAUUAUGUUUUUUGAAGAAGUACUUCUGUUUGAAGAUGAACUUCAUGAUCAUGGAGUGUCAAGUUUGAGUGUAAAAAUAAGAGUUAUGCCUUCCAGCUUUUUUGUGCUCCUGAGGUUUUUCUUGCGAGUUGAUGGGGUACUUAUCAGGAUGAAUGAUACAAGGCUUCAUCAUGAGGCUGACAAGGCCUAUAUGUUGCGAGAAUAUACAUCCAGAGAAAGCAAAAUAUCAAGUUUAAAGCACGUGCCACCUUCCCUGUUCACGGAACCUAACGAGAUCUCUCAGUAUCUACCCAUAAAGGAGACGAUCUGUGAAAAACUAGAAUUCCCAGAGAAGUUGGAGCCUAAACCAGAAGCAUCACUGGAAACCAAGUGUGUUAAGUCUAAAUAAAUGUGACUUUAUAUGGAC